AUGAAACCAACUGCGCCAGCGCCAGCGACCCAGGCUGGGGUCAGAAACUCCUUUUGGUUCAUCAUCUUCUACCUUUUUGUCAUCCAAGCGCUAGGUUCUGCCAUAAUCUCAGGCGGCAUCGAGUUCGCCAUUGCAUAUGCCAUGUACCAUUCCCGUGUAGAUCUGAUCACUUUAUGGGCAUUUCCUCAUACUAUCUCGGGAGAUUGUGCACUGAGUCUGUUCAUUCAGGUCGGUCUCACAUGGGCUAGCGAGGAAAUUUUGGUUGGAUUCGAUGAUUAUAAGAGACCAGUUUUCAGAUUGAAUAAAUGGAUCACGAAGCCAUUGCCAUUGGGGAACGACUCUAACGAAGAGAUACUACCCCCCAGAAAGCGCUUUAUUGUGGAUUACUUCGAAUCUAAGGAUAACGUGAUUUUGAAACAGAAUACUCUCUAUAUGAAUCAUAAUUGGCUCUUUGCCUACUUAGAGAUAAACAGAGGAAUUAUUCCAAAGGGAAACGAAGCUACGUUGAAAGAUUUUCUCAUGUCUCAGUUUAUUCAUGAUGACUCCCGUUCAAAACUCGUGAAUUUUAUCGAAUGGUUUGUGCAGAAAUUCAUCAGAUCCAUGAUCCUUGCGAUUGUCAUGUUUAUUGUCAUUUGGCCCGUUACAAUGGGUAUCCUUGCUGGUAUAGGUCAUAAGAUCGGGUCUCAUGAUUACUACUUCAACGACUAUCCACUACCGCAGGUUAUGAAGCUGAUUUAUGCCGUCGUGAUUGCAUUAAUAUCGACUCCAGUCACUAUCAUCGUCAUUGUGUUAAGAAAUCAAUUUUAUGAAGAGCUAUACUAUGAAGGCUUAGAAAAUGGUACUCUACAACAGGAUCAAGGAAAUUGCAUUGCGGGUAAUAAUAGUUCGGGAUCGACCGACCAAGACAUUAGCACAACCAAACAACUAUCUGCAGAAGCAAUAGCAGAAGCAAUGGCAUAA